UGCCCGGUCAAGUAUACUCGAGUUGGCUGCUUCGACGACUCCAUGGUACAACCCCGCCCGUUGUCUCAACUACUGAUGACUGAUCGAGAUCCAACCAGUCCUGUGUACAGUGGUAUCCCUGUUCACUGGGGAAUGUGGGAUGUUUAUUUCCCAAAACUGAUUUGCAGAUGUGCUGCGAAAGCCAAAGCUAAAGGAUACAACGUCUUUGGAAUUCAGCAUUACGGUAGAUAGCUUUUACGAUAACUUCUUAGUGCUGAUAAUUGCAAAAUUUUUGAUCUGUUCUUGUAGAUAUCAUUCCAUCUAUUUUCAAAACAUCAUCUUUUUAAUCUGGAAAAGUUAUGUCAAUUUCACUAAUAAAAGUUAUUUUUGGAGGUUGUAUUUAAAUAGGGCCGAGUUGGUCAAAGCUGGGUUAAGAUAACCCAGGGUGAUAUAUCCCAUAGCGAUAUUUGAAUUCAGAUAUGAAAGCUUAGAAAGCAUUUCAGUUUUAAUUCUUUUUGUCUACAAGUUGAUGAUUGGAAGCUCUAAAAAUGGCACAGAAAAUUAUCCGGGAAAAUGCUUUGGAACACAAGAAAAAGAAUCCUGGGUUAAACUUAACCCCGGGUUAAGCGCUAAUCGGCCUUCGAACAACUGGGCCCAGAAGUCUAAUUUUAUGGACGUCCGCGCAGUUUAAUCGAUCGUUUGAAACGUCAUCAAGUCCACGAGCGACUGCCUCAAGGCAAACAAUGCAGAAUAUUGUAAUGGCGACAGUCCACGGGAGCAUAAUGUUCCAAUAUUAUCUAUUACAGCACAGAAUACAAAUUUGCGGACCUCUUCGGAAGCCACCUUCCGAUUAAUUUCAAAUGUUUAAUUGGUCUAAAAAUAACUUUGAUGACACAUUUCCCAAGGGCUAGACCGGUCGUUUUCCUCUCUCUCCAUUUAUUAUCGCUUACUAAAGCUUAAGUUUAAUCUUUUUCCUUACAGGGGAAUGCUGGUCAGGUUGUGGAAGCGAAGACACCUAUUCAAGGGAUGGUAGCUCCAACAAAUGUAUCACCUAUGAUUUUAACAAUUGUAACCCACAACAUAAGGAUUGCGUCGGAAAGAAUCACACAAACUUUGUAUAUACUUUACAUGGUAAGCAACAGCGAGUGAAUGUAUUUGCUGGAUUAUAUACUGUUAUUAUAAUAGGAGUUUCUUAGAUUACCAAAUAAUAAGUAUAAAACAGCAAACUGACCCUUACGACAGGAAGAAUGAGAGAACAAAAAUAAAGAAAGAAUACUGAAAUAAAUGGUGAAUUAUGUAAUUCACCACGUACAUUUUAUAUUUUUCUCACUCUUCCUGCCUUAAGGAUCAGUUUGCUGUUUUAAUUUGCAAUUUGGUAAUAAAGAUUUCACUUAUUCAGGUCUACAAAAAAUCCAGCUCACCUUAUUGGUUUGUUGCUGUGGUUCUGAGUGACAAGUGUUUCUUAAGUUUGACGAUACAAUACAUGACUUAUUUCAAAAUUUGCUUUCUACGAUUUCAGGUCUUCAUCCAGAGUACGCAACCGAACUUAAUUCUUUGACCUGUAAGUAGUUCGUUUUAUUAAUUAAUUAGAUUCUGGAUCGGUUGGUCUUAUCCUAACAGUCGAGACAGGGAAACUGUCCUAAAACAAAUAACCGCUUUAUCCCUUCACUGAUUUUAGGCUGCGUCUAGGACAUUUCAAUGUAGGUUUUAACCCCGGUGGUGAGGAACUUGUAAGUCCGACCGCAUUAUCAGUCCGGUUACUUUAACCGUCCGAUUUUAAAAAAUGCUAAAAGCGAUUUCGUCAGUUUAUUUGUAAGACUCAGGAAUAGACAGCGUGGGCGGCGUGAAGAGAAACUGAAUAAUUUUUAACAGACUUGUUUACACUCUUUCAAUCAAUCCAGACAGUUAACCCAGGGUACCCGUAUUUAUAGUGUUUAUUUUAAAAGGGAACAAAUGUAAUUUACAUUAAUUGAUUAUUUAAACACAUUCUGGUCUUCUCUACUGGUACUUAUAAAGAAGUACCAGACUAGUUUGAGAGAUUUAUUAUAUUAGUUUUGGAGAGUGAAAAUAAAUAAAAUGUUUUAAUCGCUUUGCAACCAGGAAUUGUUUGAUGGAUCGGAGUGUAAAUUAAUAUACUUUUUUACUUAUCAGGUCAACACUUCUUAGUUUCCAUACGAACUGGCGCAUGCGGAGAGUCAACAUCUACAGAACAUGCGCACUCGAUAUUAACAAAAGUAAGGAAUCUGCUUAUUAAAAACAACGACAGCACGCAAUACUGAUCAAAGAAAUAAUUAUAAAAAUUAAUGUGGUUGUCAUAAUAAUAUGAUAGUGAUGAUUAUAUGAUGGAGAUAACGAUGAUGAUGAUGAUGAUGAUAAUGAUAUUUAUAUUUAGUUAAGCAAUAGACCACACUUUCUAUGGGUUUACCGGCGUGAUAACCCACGCGGGAUGUUGGGAGAACACGAGAAAAGCUUGUAAAUCACGAGCCGAAGGCGAGUGAUUUACAAGCUUUUCGAGUGUUCUCCCAACAUCCCAAGUGGGUUAUCACGCCGGUAGACCCAUAGAAAGUGUGGUCUAUUGCGUUUAUAAAAUAACUUUUGGUAGAAUGGAGUCUUUUAGGUAAAAAAUAUGGUUCUAGUACCGUGAUCAAGUCACGUCUUCUCUCUAAAGUCAUCGUAAGCCAAUCAUGACUCACGAUUUAACAGCGUUGAACUUUCUCAAAACUCAGUUCAGUCAAACGACAAACAGCAGCACUUCAAAACACGAGUUUUUGCACUCAUUACACGAUAACUUAUGAAAGCUGUUUUACAGGAAAAGCCAACACAUAUUCAUGCGAACGUACAAUGAAAGAAUACGUUCAUGGUUUGUUUACUACAGAAGUAGAAAUUAAUUGAACAUCAGACUGUACGCAGCCGUAUUUUGUUGAGUCGAUCCGUAAGAAUUUCGUUAUUACAGACGGAACUGACAGCUAUCGUAAUGGAGGACUUCAUUCACUUUUUACAAAGUAAAAAGCAGUCAGUGGUUUAAGAUCUGUUUUCUGGACUUUAUUAUGAUCAAGAAAUGCUGCGGUAACGACGUGGCUGCAUUUGCGAAGUUGUCGCAUGUAACUUUGUAUGCACGUACAGCGACCGAUGGAAAUAUGUCAGUGGUGGAGAAAGGUUUCUUUGCCGUAGCCACAUAUUGACGUUAAUAUUUGUCGAUUCGUGAAGUCAGGUGGUUCAUGAGGUAGGUUAUGGCAUCGAUAUCACCGCAUAAUUUGUGCAAAUGUUGGAAAAAACCAGCCCGAAACUCUGACAUCUUUCAUCAUCAUUGGCAGCUUGUUUACAACCUACAGUGGCCGAUUUUGUACCAUAUCUUGAUCAGGGAUGUCUUUUUUGAACAAGUUCUUUCAUUAAGGAAUUUAAUUUUGACAUAAAAUAAAUCAAGAUGCUAAAACUAUCCGUUUUGUUGCUGGUUGGCAAAUGGUUAAGUUCUCCUAGAGAAUUUCUACACCAGAAAUUCACACAGUUGUUGUCUUUCUCUGCGAUUUGGCAUCGUCGUGAAAUGUAAACUGUUUUCCAGCUUUGUACUUUAUAACUUCUAAAGCUAUGGCAGUAGCGAAUUGUGACGCUCAGUAAUAAAAUGUGGAAACCAACGCUUUUAAUAUUAAGAAGGGCUGGGUAAGUAACUUGUUCUGUUUUUAGCCUUUCUAAAGUCGUUGUUUGCAGAUCGAUAGCCGGUUUUGUUUAUGGCUCGUGGUCUGGAUGCCUUUUUCAAUGGGUUUACCGGUAUAAUAAACCAUAGGUUUUUGACCAAUCAGAUCACGCGUACUAAAUCAGUUAUUUUAUAACAUAUACUAAAACAGUGGAUAGUGUUUUUUUGGCGCGCUCUGAUUGGCUACUCAAAGUCGGGAUAUCCAGUGCUAUUCACUGAUUCAUCUUUAGCUCCUCCGAACGGGCGACGCCAAACUCGCGUAAGUUACGAGCAAAAUGGUUUCCCGGUUUAUUCGUUUAUUGCCUUAACAAACAAAGUAAUUUCACAAAUAAUCAAGUAAGCUGUUCCCGAAAUACACGAAGAAGGUGACGAAAGUCGUUUUAGAAGCUUUAACAGGUAAAGCUUUGUCUGUUUGACUUGAAUUUAUCGAUGAAACCGGUGAAAACGUCUUUUGUUUCCAAAUGCAAAUUAAGACUUUCGUUACGGUACUUUAUUUGGCUGACAUGUUCAUAAAUAAGCCUAAAACUAAAUUCAAUACUUUUUUUACAGAAUUAAUUCAAAUACAAAAAUAAUUCAUAACUCCUUUUGAAGAAAUUUCCCCAAAAUAGCUAAACACAUGCCUUCAAAAGUUUUAUUUGUUGGCAAGAAAACGCGACGGUCGUUCGGUCAUUGACGCGACAAAAUCGUAAUCGUUGGCAGCAGUAAAUGAGUUAAAAGCCAUCAUUUUUUUGUGCUCAUUUAUUUCACUGUUUUAGUAUAUAUAACAAUUAUUCACCGAAGUGGAGGUGGCUGGAUAUUUACUGAGACCGCGAAGCGGCGAGUUAAAUAUCCACACCACUAGCCGCCGACACUGAGAAGGCACACCGGGAAGGCAUUUUGCUCGCAACUUACUCCAGUUUGGCGUCGCUCGCUCGGAGGAACUGUGGGGUGAAUCAGUGAAUAGCACAGGACAUUCACUGAUUGAGUAGCCAAUCAGAGCGCGCGAAAAACACUAUCUAGUAUAUACUAAACUAAAAUAACUAUUCACCUCAGUGCCCGUGGCUAGUCGGGUAUUUCUAUUACCAUAUUCACUGAAAACUCUUCUUGAAGAACGGCUCUCCUGCAGGAGCCAAACAGAUACGGCUAACAGUCGAGUUUACGGGUAAACUUCUUCAAUUCGCAUAAGAAGAUCACGAAAGCAGCGCGAUAGAUUCAGGCCUCCGAUUGGGCACAAAUUAAUUUAACUUUUGUGCCCAAUCACAGACAAGCAUUCGAAUGAGUCGUGGAACUGGUCUGUUAAGAGUGGCAUCCCAGGGGCUCUUUCUCCCGUACUUGAAAACUUUCGCCGCCGUUUUUUCCUGACCUAACUGACCGCCCCUGAGUCUGCGAUGGUGGGAGACAUCCUGAGCCAAAUUACUAAAAGUUUUACUAAAUACUUAUUUCUUUUGUCAUCAGGUGCAGGACAUUUAUAAGGGAUAUUCUUGCCUUAAGUGUUUGAAGAUUGUAAGCGAAAGGUAUAUGUCGCCUCUAGUUUAUAGCUUAAGGUAGAUUUUAAUUUUUAUUUUGUUCAAAAAAACUCAGCAACUUUUGAUCAAGGCUUAGCAUCGUUUAGCAUAGCAGGCGCGGAUCUAGGACUGAAAUACUGACUGAUUUCCUAAACGAACGCCGAAGACGCAAGGUUCUAGGGGAGGUCCGAGGGGCAUGCACCAUGGGGAAUGUUUUUGGGAUUCUAAAUCCCUUGAGUUACCUUUCCUGGGUUUCUGAGUCAUUCAGACCUGAAAUUGGCCAGAUUUUAACCUGGAAAGCGGUUAUUUAUGAAAAAUCUUUAGUUAGCGAUUUUCGUAAAACGGUGGAAACCGGUGUGGAUCCGCGCCUGCAUGGAGAUGUACUAAGCACCGUAUCCUUGACAUAAUUCACGAGAAAUAUUGAAGAUAUUUUGAUUCCGUUAAAGGUUACGUGUCCGCUUAUGUUGGUAGAUGAAUCGGUGGGCGGAAGAGGUAGAGAGAAGAAAAGAAGAAAAGACUGCUCGUGUCUCCUUCCCUCCGCCCUCGACGGCCAUGAAAUGACGCCUAUUAUGUAGGCAUAUGGAAUCCAAAAACAACAAACCUUUAUUUGCAUGACUAUAAGUAAUUACAGUAUUGCAAAAGGGUAGGGACUAAAAGAUCCUUAUAGAAUCCAGAAUGUUCACGAAUGGAUAAGGAUUAACACAGUCAGUUGGUUCGCAGCCUUGUGUGUGGGAGGUUCCGAGUUCGAUGUUCUAGUGUGACUUCAAAUCCUUGUUUUAAGUUUCUUCCUUUCUGUGCAGCCUUAAACAGAAGAGAGCUUGAUCGAAGGAGGGGUAAAAUGAGCAUGCGCACACCACCGGCGUCAAUGUGUGUCAGUCUAAAGAGAACUUUUACGAGUAACUUAAAAUUUGAACGAUUUGGAACUAAAAAUAGCUUACCUCGCUCCAGCUCUUUGUUUAUGUCGAUGUUUAUUGUUUUCAGCUCUUCGGCAGUUUUUAUCGCCUUAAAAUUCACUUGCCAAGGACAACAUUUAAAGAAACUUGUCUCCAGACUUGGAGCCAGUAGAAUAAUCAAAGCAGGUUUGAGCAUUUAGUUUUAAGCGAUACUGAGGGUAAACUCACUAUUUUCACAUAGACCAUAAUGCACCUUCUUUACCCCUCAAAAUUUUGCAUAAUCAUUGUUUCCAAUUUUUCCAAUCGUCCUCACACUUAUCACUGACAUGGUCGACGUUAUGGACUGCUUCUUAUACAAGAGUUUCCCCUUCAAAUUAUUCAGGAGAAAUGUACGUUAAUAAAACUGCUUAAAUUUCUGGGAUCUUAUCCAGAUAUAGUUAUGGAUAACUGUGUUUGAAUGGUUGGAUGCAUUCUGCCUUUUGGCUUGCCAAUUUGCGGAUUAGCAUUUGGUAAGAAAUUGUUCAAAAUCUAUUUCUAUCGUUGCUUUUCUAUAAAAGGAACAUGACCAUACUCACAGAACUUUCUCCAAAGCAGAGUCGGGAACGACUUAGAUUUUGUCGCUCGCAGUCUCGAUAUAUUUUUUAGGCCAACUACUUUAACAAGGGAGUUAUUAUUUUUCUUGUUCUAGAAUGUUCCACGCCACCUUGUCCAGUUUUCACACAUCACUGCUCCUACCCAUGUGGUACGUCCACGUGUUCCAUUUCGCCAUCUCUACCGUAUCCAUCAAUAUGUCCGGUACCACUCCACUAUCCCGAGCUGACGUGGCCCGCUUCACAGUGUUCGCCGUCAUGCCCUUCAGUUUGUGCACCUGAAUGCACUCCUUUCUGCUGCCGCACCAUGAUUAAUCGCCCAAAGAAGUCCAAGCAGUUCGCAGGUCAACUUCCUUCACAGCAACCUAAAAAUUUAGAAACCGAUGAACUCACUGAAGACAAUGUGCUUUAG